GCCACACUGGCUGUUACAUGUCUCUUACGUCAUUUUGAAAACGUCUGUUAGCAGUGCCAAAAUUUCAAACUAACCCUACAUGUUAUAAACGCUUAUUGUAUUUCUACUAUGAAAAAGGUACUCUAAUAAUCUGUAAUCACGAGUGAGCAACUUAUGACUCUAGAUGUAAGCGAAGAAUUCAAGGAUGCAGCUGUUGAUUUGCUCUCUGGAGUUGUUGACAGUCUCGGGACCCUUUCACACCGGCGGGCCGUCGGCGAUCUAGCUCUCUUCUACCGCUACACCAACGGGCUUUGCUCCUCAGAGCUCUCUUCCAUGAUGCCGCCGCUCGAUGUGCCUGCUAGACAGACCCGCCUGACUUUGGCCUCCCAUCCUAACCGUGGCGAACUUCGUACAUCAGAACUAGCCGAUACGACCGCUCUUUUGUAUCGAGGGUGUCUAGAUUGUGGAACAAUCUACAGGAGGAAGCUUUUCCCAGUUCUAUUAACCUUAGGCAGUUCAAAAUUCGGAUUAACAAAAUUUAUUUAUAUUAACACCCAACAGCAAAUUCAUGGCCAAUCAAAGAAAUACAUCGCUGAAUUUAGAACAGAAAAGUUCAUUUAG